UACAUUGAAAACAAGUUAGGGCAAAAGCGUUUCGCUCGCAUUCAUCGCGAAACAUCCACUAACCCAAAACACAUACCAACAAUACGCAAAUUGUUGCCUCAUCUGCAAGAAAAAUCCCCGAAACCAAGAUCACGAUCUUCUUCCGAAUCAAACCUAUUUCAAUCCGAUCCAAAAGUCGACGAUUUGGUUCAAAAAUCCACCAUGGGUAUCAUUAAAAGCAGCUUCUCGUUCAUGAUCGGAACAGUUUGUGGGAUCUACGUUGCUCAGAACUACGAUGUUCCCAACAUUCACAAGCUUUACAAGACCGGUCUCGUUAUUGCCAAACACUAUGAAGAGAAUUAUCGCAAACCCAAGAAGAAAGACGACGACGAUGAUGCUUUCAAGUAACAAUUUAAUAACCCUAUAUUUUGUUUUUGGUUAAUUGAAGGAGGUUUGAAUAUUGUUUUGUUGAAAACCCCUGGGGAUUUGAUUGCAAUUAGGGUUAUAAUGACCAAAAUCGAAUUGGGAUUUUGUUAUUAAAUAGGUUAUUGAAGAUGAGUUUGAUAUAAAUUUGAAAUCGGUUGUUAUGGAUUACGAGAUUUAUACUUAUUUCUGUAUGUUUUUGUGGCUCCGAUCUGUGUUGUUUUGAGAUGAAUUUGAUGCUUAGUUAAUCUUGUA